AUGGCUUAUAUUAAGACUCUUCCUGUGGACUGUCCAGAUGCCAUUCUUUCCUCUUGGAAUUUAUUGCCUCAGGAAGUUGAUGCUCAACUGAAGGAUGUGACGGAUAGGCAUUUGGAUUUUGCCUUGCAUAAGGUGCAUGAGGCCACAGCAUUGUCUAGGCGGGCGGCUUGCCCAGCUGCCUUUUGUGCAAGGGCAUGCAUAGUUUGGUUGGAUGACUUACUGCAAAAUCCACCGCAGGAUAUUGUGAGGCUGAGGCAGACCUUAAAUAAAUCACUGAAGGCGCAAGCCUUUUUUUUUUUUUUUUAG